CACAAAUUCUUGCCGUGAAAAAAAUAAUUGUUUUUACGAGAUUUACUCGGAUACGCUGCACGCCAACCUCUCCGACUCAGAGACAUUGCACGCCAGCUCCCAACUCAGAUCAGGCGAGCUACAUACUUCCGCCGAACCCAGAACCGCCGCCAUAUUAUCGACUUUUUCGUCUUUACUACUUUAUUGACUUCAAUUAUUCAAAACGAUGGCUCCAGCAAUCAUUUCCAAUGGCGAUUCGCCCGAAAUAUCAGCUACGACAGGGCUGAAGGAUGUAGCAGCCACAGCUCUAAACGGCGGAAGCAUUAUCCAUACCUCACGACCAAAUCCAUCGCUACAAGCAACAGCCGACCACAAGUUGAAGAUGGUUGAAGCUCCGGUUUUAGAACCGAAGCGUGGAGAAGUGCUGUUGCAUAUCAAGGCCUCUGGCAUCUGUGGAUCGGAUGUCCAUUUCUGGAAAUCCGGGCGGAUAGGCUCAUUGGUCUUUGAAGGAGAUUGCAUUUUGGGACACGAAGCUGCUGGAGUUGUGCUCAAGUGCGGAGAAGGUGUUACGAACCUCGUACCGGGUGAUAGAGUGGCCAUAGAGCCGGGUGUUCCUUGUGGAGAAUGCUUCCUCUGCUUAGACGGCAAGUAUAAUCUCUGUGAAGACGUCAAGUUCUCCGGCGUCUAUCCCUACGCGGGAACGAUUCAGCGAUACAAAAUCCACCCAGCCAAAUGGCUUCACAAGAUUCCGGCCAACAUAUCGUUUGCUGAGGGCGCUCUCCUCGAGCCUCUGAGCGUUGUUCUUCACGGCAUCCGCACUGCCGGUCUAAAUCUUGGUUGUGGUACCGCUAUCUGCGGUGCCGGACCCAUUGGGCUGAUUGCUCUGGCUGCCGCAAGAGCAUCUGGCGCACAUCCGAUCGUGAUAACAGACAUUGAGCCAAAGAGACUUCAAUUUGCCCGAGAGUUUGUUCCAUCAUGUCGAACCUACCAGGUAGAUCCUUCUCUAAGCGCUGAAGAGAAUGGACGCGGAAUCCGGCGGCUGUUUCGACAUGCCGAUACCGAUAUAUCACAAGACACUGUCGAAGACCUUCGCCAAGAAUAUUAUGCGCCGCGAACAAUUCUUGAGUGCACAGGUGUGGAAAGCAGCGUGUGUACAGCAGCAUUUACAGUCAGACGGGGCGGCACCAUCUGCGUUAUUGGAGUCGGUAAAUCGAUCAUGAAUAACUUGCCUUUUAUGCAUAUUUCUCUAGCUGAGAUUGAGCUCAAGUUUAUUAACCGGUAUCGAGAUACGUGGCCGGCGGGUAUUGCGUGCCUCAGUGGAGGAAUUCUCGACUUGAAGCCCCUAGUCACUCAUGUUUAUCCUCUUGAGGGUGCGAUGGACGCUCUGCAUCUGGCAGCCGACCCCAGAAACGGAAGCAUCAAGAUUCAGAUUGUAGACGAAGCUAACGAGAACGCGAUGGAAUAGAGUAUGUGGACAUUGAUUAUGAAUAGACUAACAGUAUGCAUGGAUACUCGCUUCAAAGAUUGUUGAGAGAACCUCUCGAUUCAUCAAUGAAUGUAUUAGUAAUUAAAUCAUAGCUAUGAUGCUUAAGAAGUAACAUAUAGACCCUGGCAACACCAUUACCAGAUGUUGCGAAAAUAGAACUGCAU